AGAAACAGCACGCGGAAACUGUAAAGUCAUUUGGAAAACGACAGUAGAACUCCAAUAUAGCCGGGCUGCGUCCACAAACAGCAACUUUUCUUUUAUUGUUGAUACGUGAGCAGGACUUUGGAUAUCAACACAGACAGCGCAUCUGAAAGACGCAGAGAUCACCGAGCUGUCACCGUCAGGAGAAAGUUAUGGCACGCAACGAGUCGCUGGUCGCUUUGAAUGGGACUCAAAUUUCCUAUAUGGGACAUGACUGCAUGGACAUUCCAGACUUCCUUGGAGACACGUAUGGCCAGUUUGCAAGAAGGCUGGAUCUCAGCUUCAAUCAGCUCAGGUCACUGGCGGGUCUCAAAAUGUUCACCGUGCUGGAAGAGCUGGUUGUUGACAACAAUCUGCUUGGAAAUGACCUCCUGUUGCCCAGGUUACCCAACCUUCACACCCUCACACUCAAUAAGAACCAACUGACUGAUAUCGAGGCCCUGCUGGAACACUUGGCUGAUGUGACCCCGUCACUGGUGUACCUAAGCCUGCUGGGAAAUGAGGCCUGCCCCAACCAGCUGGUCAGCCCGGAUAAGGAUGAGGACGACUACCAGAGAUACAGGUACUUUGUUCUGCACAAGUUGCCCCAUCUGAAGUUUCUGGACACCAGGAAAGUAACCCAAAAAGAAAUAAUGGAGGCACAGGCAAGAGGAGCAUUCAUGAAAGUGGUCAAACCAAAGUCGGAAGCUCCACCUAAUGAGGCUGGAUCUGAAAGUCACCCACUGCCCUACACUCCUCUACCCCGAGGAUCCAGAGAUGCCAAGAACCACAAAGGGGUAUUCGCCAAGUGUCGCUACAUCUACUAUGGCAAGCACUCAGAAGGCAACAGAUUCAUCCGAAACGACCAACUCUGAUGGACAGCUGGUCAAAGAGGGACUUGAGUGACAAGGGAUGUUAACAGAAUGAAAGAGGAAUAAAUCAAUCCUUUAUUUAUUAAAACGACUGAUGAUAUUUGAGCCACCUGGUCUCCCACUGGAAAAAAAUAUUUUAUUUCAUUAAAAUAAUUUGUAAUGUAAGGGGUAAUGGGUUUUUUUGAGUUAGCGAUCCAGCCCCGUAGUUGCGGCCUCCUCUGCUGAGUUGGGUCUGCAUCUGCCUCCUCUGCUUCCAGCUCAGAGUCAGAGUGAGAGAUGACACCCCCACUGACAUGAUAGCCUCUAAGCAUCAGCUACAGCACAACGCCAGACACACACACACAACACACACGCCAGGACAGUCUCUGUCUCGCUCUCCUUCGUUCUCUUACACACGGUCUGUGACAAACACAGCCUGCCAAUUGUAUCCUUUUCUUUGACAGCCAUGAUGGAUCACCCGUCCACUUCCGCAACUAAUCAAGGGUGAAAGGGCUGACGGUCACACACACCUGGGGCCUGACAUGGACUCAUCUCUCUCAUUCUCUCUCUCUCUGUUUUACACCCUCUUUCUUUCUCUCUCUCUUUCUUUCUCUUUCUCCCUCUCCUUCUCACACACAAGCACACACAAACACAUACAUACCUGCUGUUUGAAACAUUAAGACAUUUCAAAGACAUUGACAUUGACAAAAACAUUAUCCACUCUGGUUUAACAUUCCUAAGAUUUCCGAAGGCCAGCUCAGUCCAUCUUGUUUAGUUUGUGGCAGACUACAGAACAAUUGUCCUUCUUUUGUUUGAAUGAAUUUUAUUGAAUGCAUGUUGUCUUAAGUCAGAUGUAUUUCUGAUAACUGAGUGAUGGUUUGGUUUCUGCUGCAAGUGUGUAUAUGUUAGCACAUGUGUAGAGAUGUAUCAAAUGCAAAAACAUUCCAAUACUAGCUUUAAUGAAGAGCAGCGUUGCAACCAAGUAUGCCUUUAAGGUAUAUCAUUAUGUAUUAUGGUGUCAUUUUUCUCAAGUUGUUUUGCAUUUUCCCUCACUGCGUGUCUUAUACUAGUUAACUUCUGCCUUCUGAAAUAUUCCCUUCAUAUUUUGCAUUGCAUUGUGAUGCAUUGCAAACAAAGAUUAGGACAUAAUCUUCAGAAAAUUGCCUCUACUGGAAUAUAGUCUCUACAGUUGUAGUGUUUUUUUAAUGUUUACAUUUUAUAUUUGUAUCAUCACUAUGGUUUUACAGUGCAUUUUAAAUGUAAUGUGUUUAUUAUUAUUUCAAAUACCAUAUCGCAACAAUGUAUAAUGUUUCCAUCUUUUGGCAUCUUAGUUUAAGUUGUCCAGGCUACCUUCCAAUCCAAAAUGUUGACAUUAAUGAUGUCCUAUUCUGAUAUCAAAUUGUUUU